AUGACCAGAUCAAAGUCCAAGGCCAAGCGUGGCAAGACCAAGCGCGUUCGCAAGGACGCUCACACCAAUGCCCAUGCGCUUGGGGAGCUCUUCUCCGAACCCGAACACAAGAAUGCCCUCGACCUUAUCCUCGGCCACCUCUCUGCGGGUGAGCUGUGGACCUGUCUUGCACACCUCAACAAGGUCAUCACCACCUCACCCCUGAUCCAGCUUGCGCUGAAGGUGCACUACCAUGGCCUCCCCAACCCCGUCCACGCGUCUCCGUCGUGGCGCCAUCAGCCAGUCCAGGCCCAGCUGGACGGGCUCGUGCGCACAGAACUCGCCCUCGAUGCACUCAAACCGUCCCAUGUCCAGUGUCUCCACAUUCCCGCGGGUAACAUUGUCGACGUCGGCGGGGGUCUUCUGCUUGCUCUCGAGUCGACUCGCCAGGUCCCACUCAACCCCAUGAACGUCAAGAGAGGCUACAUGAACGACUCGUGGAGCGUAUGGGAACUGCCUCCCGGACCAGACAAGUUGGCCGGCGGUGUGCCCCCUGGCCAGCGAGGCGCUGCGUACAUGGCAGCGGCCGGAAUGUGGUCGUGGAAGUACUCUGUCGACAGCGAGAUCGUGGGUGCCGCCAUGUGUGUCGACGACAAUGUAGUGGCUAUCGCGACCCAGGCUCUCCCCGGCUGUGGCAACGGCAGAUACUCGGUCCAGCGCGUCUACUUCUACCCCCUGCUCCCCACUGCGCGCGUCAACGACGACCAGGACAUUGACACUUUCGCGUGGGGCCCUCUCCCUUCGGCGCACCCAGAUGCCGCCGUUCCGUGUAUCGAGAUCCUCAUCCCAAGCAAGACCUUUCACACAGGCUUGGUCUCGCUCAAGCUUGAUCCUGGGGGUGUCGUUGGUGUCAUGCUGGACAAGAACUGCGAUUUCCAUGACAGUACGCUUCUCUGCUGGAACUGGCACACGGGUGUCGCGAUCGGAUUCCUGGACGGGGCCACCAUCGCCAUUUCCUCGAUGGAUUCCAACGGGGCUGGCGACGACAAGCUAUAUCUCGAAGUCUGGGGUCUGGAUUCCGGCGAGGGCACACGUCCAGGUGCGCACUGGCAUGACAACUACUUUAAAGGCGAUCAUGACCCGGACAAGCCAUGCACUUGGCUCACGGAGGACAUCCCACUCGCCUCCCCCAAGAUCUGCCUCGCCUUGCCGCGUUUGGCGUUUUGGUCCAGCAAUCGAUUUGCCGUGAAGAACAUUGAAGUCUGCGCUGCUCCAGGCAACAAAGUCCUUACAUUGGCCAUUAGCGGUAUCAAGAUUGUCGACAGUGGCCAAGACAAGGCCGUCACCAUCAUGGGCGUCGUCCUCGUCACCAAACUACGCGAGCUCCAGGAGUUUAUCUGCGGUCACCGCGUCACGCUGAAGAACGCCGGUUUUGAGCACGUCGCCUGGUCCCGGUGGAGCUCCUUUGUGCGCCUCUGGGAUGACACGUCGGCCAUCGUCCCCAAGGGCUACGGCUCGAGAGUGGCUACACUCCGCUGGAUCGGUACCACUCGCAAGGGCAACAGCCAGUUUGACCUCGUCGUCUCCGAGAACGACGUGCACAAGCUGAUCGGACGCUCACCUACGACCUUUGCGCCCCUGGGUGCCGCCAACAAGGCCUCCGGAACGAAGAAGCAGGCCCCGACCAUGGUCCACAAGUGCCCGCUCGAGAAACCCAUGGGCCUUCCCCACAUCAUCGCGGCCAUGACUUCCACUGGCCCCAUCAUGAACCCCACCUUUGACGACACGCACAAGGUCUUUGAGAACAAGAUUAACAGCAGGGCGCCGUACUCCGAGUCGUCCAUUCGCCUCGACGUGCCCCGCGAGCCCCUCAAGAACAUCCUCUUCGACGGAAAGCACCUGGUGUUGACCUAUGCAACGGGCAACGUCAUGAUCCCACCUGUGGCCUGUGGAUGA